GUGAAAAAGAAAGUAGAGUUAAAUGAAAAAGAAGGAGGGAAUUUAUUGAAAAUGUCUGCAACUAAAGCCAUUCCUGCCUGUCACGACGAUUUAAUUCAUGAUGUCGAAUAUGAUUUUCAUGGACGAAGGAUGGCAACAUGUUCAAGUGAUCAUACUGUCAAGGUUUGGGAUUGUGAUGAAAAUGAUCAGUGGAAAUGUACAGCCAGCUGGAAGGCCCACAGUGGAUCAGUGUGGAGAGUAACCUGGGCUCAUCCUGAAUUUGGUCAAGUUUUAGCAACAUGUUCAUUUGAUAGAACAGCUGCUAUAUGGGAGGAGUUAGUUGGUGAACAAGUGAAGGAAGAUAAACAGUCCCACUGGAUAAAAAGGACUAGUCUAGUUGAUAGUAGAACAUCAGUUACUGAUGUUAAAUUUGCUCCUAGACAUCUGGGACUACAGUUAGCGACCUGUUCAGCUGACUAUAUGGUGAGAAUAUAUGAGGCUCAGAAUGUGAUGAAUCUCAGUCAAUGGUCUUUACAACAUGAAAUACAAACUGGCUUUACCUGUAGUUGUUUAUCUUGGAACCCAUCUAUAUCUAGAUUAUAUCCACCAAUGAUAGCAGUAGGUAGUGAUGAUCCAAGUCCAUCUUCUAGUGGUCGUGUACAAAUUUAUGAAUAUAAUGAAUCUAGUAGGAAAUGGAAAAAAGUAGAGAUAAUAACAGUUCUAACAGAGCCAGUUCAUGAUCUAGCCUUCGCUCCUAACCUAGGACGUUCUUAUCAUACACUAGCUGUAGCUUCUAAAGAUCUCAGCAUCUUCUCUUUGAAGCCUAUUGGUAAAGAAUCGUCAAGUAGUUUUAGUAAAUUUGACAUGCAUAGAUUAGCAGAGUUUACUGAUCAUGAAUCACAGGUAUGGAGAUUAAGUUGGAAUGUAUUAGGAACUGUUCUAUCAUCAUCAGGAGAUGAUGGCUGUGUUCGAUUAUGGAAAUCAAAUUAUAUGGGAUCCUGGAAGUGUAUACAUAUAAUAAAUGGUAGUGGAAAUAAAACUGAACAAAGUAAAGAAAUAAAAACUAUUCCAGUUACAUCUAAUAUUAAUCAAAAUGUGAGGUUCUAUCAUGUACAGCCUGUAACAGCUGCUAAUGAAGUUGUGUGGCAUUAA